AUGGAAGACAUCGGAGGAACCCGCAACGCCGAGGUGCUUGGUAACUUCUACGACGUUCAAGAAAAGAAGCGAUGGACCGAAGACGACGACAUCUUUCUACUCACCCAAGCCAAUAACGAGCGCCCCUUUGUGCAGCGAAAGGACGCAACACGGGCAUGGGAAGCCGUGGCGGGGGCACUCCUGUCGAUCGACGGGUUCACAAGGUGUAGACUGGAUGGAAAGAAGGCACAGACCGAAGACGAAACCGCAAAGACCAAGCUCCUUGACGGCCUCGUGCCGCUCUACAUGGAUGCAAUCGUCAAUAAAAGUGGAGUACCAACGAGUGAUGCGGCCAUUAAAGCUGCUGAUACCAAGUUUUUUCGUGCCUAA